ACGCCGCCGAGCCCGGAUGUGGGUCAUCCCAGAGGUGAUUGGCCAUGCUGUUGUAACUGUAUUAAUGCUUAUUUCAUUGCACUGGUUCAUCUUUCUCCUUAAUUUGCCAAUAGCAACAUGGAAUAUAUAUAGGUUCAUUAUGGUGCCAAGUGGAAACAUGGGGGUAUUUGAUCCCACAGAGAUCCAUAACCGAGGACAACUGAAAUCGCACAUGAAGGAAGCCAUGAUUAAACUAGGCUUUCACCUGCUCUGUUUCUUCAUGUACCUGUACAGUAUGAUUCUGGCUUUGAUAAAUGAUUGAGAAGUUGAGAAAGAACCAUUAGCUGCCAAAUUGGGUCAUCACUCCAGUGACUGGUUGUGGAGCCACAGACACCUUCUGAAUAUACCUAGACCAGUGUCGUCAUGCAGUAUAUUUUUCCUUUUUGAACAAGAAAUAUUUUUCUGUAUUUUUAACAUAAAAUAUUUUCAAAAGACA